AUGGCACCUACUCUUCCAAUUGUUAUUUACCACUAUGUCUUUUCUCCGGUUGGCAAGCGGAUAAUUUGGUACAUGACAUUGCGAAAUAUUCCAUAUACGCACUGUCUGCAACCUUUGGCUCUACCUCGUCCAGACAUUGCCCAAAUCGGUGUCUCCUAUCGUCGUAUCCCCGUCCUUGCAAUCGGACGGGAUGUAUACCUUGACUCCCGCCUGAUAAUGCGCAAACUUGAAGAACUCUAUCCACCCAGUGCGGCUCAUCCAUCACUCUCCGGGACGACAGGCGAUCAAAAGGCCAUUGAACGGCUUCUGGAUGUUUUAAUGUCCGAUAGCGGUAUAUUUGACAAAGCAAUCCAACUCCUCCCUCUAGACUUCCCACCCCUUUCAGAUCCCGAAUUCCUUAAAGAUCGUGCAGAGCUAGCGGGAAUCGUUCCCGGAAAGACACCACCACCUCAGUCGGCACCUGGACCGGAUCCAAAACUUCGAAGACCCAUAGCCGCAGCAGAACUUCGAGAUGCGAUGGAGAUACUCGAGACUACGCUUCUCGCUGACGGUAGGGACUGGGUUUUGAAGACCGAUAGACCCAUGUUGGCAGAUAUUGAAGCCGUGUGGUUGUUCGAAUGGAUGGUUUCUAUGGAUUGUUUCUCACCGGAGCUCAUCAAUUCCAACCAAUUCCCAAAGAUCCUUGCAUGGAUUGAUAGGUUGUCCAAAUUAGUUGCUGAAAAGGCUAAAGAAUCACCGGCAGAGGAGGUUAAUGGUGAUAUAGCAGCUGCGACGAUUUUUAACUCAGGAUAUGCAGAAGAAGAGGGGAUUGUGGAAGAAAAAGAAGCUGUGGUUGCAGUCCAAGGGUUGAAGAAAGGUGAUUUGGUCAAUGUCUAUCCGACUGAUAAUGGGUGUCUUCAUAAGGAUACGGGGGCACUUGUGAGUUUGAAUAGUAAGGAGGUUGUGAUCAAUGUGGAAGGGAAGAAUGGAAAGAUCAGGGUCCAUGCGCCUCGACAUAAGUUUGCGAUUGAAGCUGUGUAG